AAUGUCAACCAACUGAGUUCUCAGUUGUACAUUGGGGAUCCGAGCAAAUGAGUUUUUAACAUUAAUUAAAACCAGAAAAAAUCAGUUUAUAGAACAUAUUUAAAUCAAAACUAAACAAAAUAUCGUGUAACAAAUACAUCAUUUACAGUUUUCCAAGACAAUAGUACAUGCAUGGGUUAGAUUAGCCUCAAUGGUUGGAUUUUUUUUGAGGAAAUAAUGUAGUAGUGCGAGCUAAGCCAAAACAGGGAAGACAAAAAUUCUUUGCGGACUCCCAGUGGCGGUGAUACACUUCACUUCUAUGGCAAAACAAUAAAGUAAAUAUUGAAAAAGUGUUUACGUGGCUUUCCUUUUGAGAAGGGAAAAAAGAAAUAAAAUAGAUAAAAAUCUUUUUUCGAGGUGGCUGACUAAAACCCGACAACAACAACAAUAAUAGCAGCAAGAACGAAGUGGCAAUAGUGCAAAGGCUAAUCCUCCCCCCCCGACGACAGGUCUUGUCUUUGUACAUUGAGUGUUGUCUAUGUCUAUGUCGUAGUCAAGCAAUAGCAAGCAAGCACUCACACUACGUCAUCCCAACUCACACACAUGCGUGUCAUCCGAUUGUAGCUUGAGUUUUUGGGAACACUGCAACUGCAGAGGAGCGGCUAACUACAACCAAAAAUAUGUUUGCCAAUAUUAAGAGCCGUUUCUUGGCCACUGUCAUUGCCCCUGACCUACCAGCCCUGCCUUCGUCGAGCCAUGAGCAUUUGAUUCGAGGCAGUGCAGCCUAUCACCAACGUAUGCUGCACCAACAACAACUUCAGGAUAAAUUUGCAUAUGCACGUCCCCCUUUUUUGCAAUUGCUGACGGCUGAUGAAUUGAAAGCUUCGGCCGAUCACAAUGUGCGUCCCAUUAUUGUGCCCAGGGAUAUCAAUAUGCUGCCUUGGGGCACCGGCUAUGCCGAAUGUGUAAAUUCGGGAAAAUCCGAAUGGAAUGAAGAUCAAGGGGCAUUCUGUCGUCAGAUUCUAUCGGAUCCCACUCAUCAAUAUCCCGAUUUGCCGUAUACAUAUUUCGGUAUAUUCGAUGGCCAUGCUGGUUAUGGUGCAGCCUUAGCGGCCUCACAUCAGUUUCAUCAUAUACUACAUGAGAAAUUGGUGGAUUGUAUUGAACUACUACUGCCCCGGGAGGGCAUGGAAGAUGCCAAGGUUAAUGUUGCCACACAAUCGGUUAAUUCAUUUCCACACCCCAGUCAUUUUCAAAGAAUUGUCUCCAAAGAUGAGCUCAUAAUGGGCGCUUUAGAGAGUGCCUUUGUACACAUGGACUCAUUGAUAGCCCAGGAUCGUGAUCGUUAUCGUGACGCAGGUGGUUGCACAGCCUGUGUGUCGCUCUUCAUCAAUGGCAAGAUGUAUGUGGCCAAUGCCGGUGAUAGUAGGGCAGUUUUGUGCCAGCGCAAAGUUCUAUCCAAAGAGGAAUUGCCCGCCACCACGGAUGGUUCAGAGGGUGCAUUCCCAGUGCCCUUCUCAUUCGAUCACACACCGGAAACAGAGAGGACACGCUUGUUGGGUGUGGCUCAAUAUAAGCCCCAUUUAAUGGGUAAAUUCUAUACUGCCAUGGAGUAUGCCAAACGACCGCAUGAACGUGAUUUGGGUCAACGCAUACUCUGCCGUCAGGGCACAAUGAAAGGCUGGACGUAUAAAACGUUGACGCGAGAAGAUCUUAAAAUGCCCGUUGUAACGGGUGAGGGUAAACGUUCAAGGCUAUUGGGCACAUUGGGUGUUACCCGAGGAUUUGGUGAUCAUGAUUUGUUGGCCAUAGCCACGGGCACACUAAUUAAACCAUUCCUGACCGCUCAACCGGAAGUUAUGUAUAGAGAUCUCACAAAAAUUGUAACCAUUCCAGAGGAACAAAAUGAAGAUGGUGACUAUGGUAUUCUUGUUAUGGCCACAGAUGGUUUAUGGGAUGUUUCCGAAAAUGAAGCAGUAGCACGUACCGUUUUCCAAACGCUACACAAAUAUCCCACAGAGAAACAUCGCUACACUAUGGUGGCUCAAGAGUUGGUGGCCAAGGCUAGGGGUAAAAUCAAUGAAUAUGGACACUGGAGAUUGGCGGAUAGUAAAGCGGCAGCCACUGUCGAUGACAUCUCAGUGAUUGUGAUACCAGUUCACCAGUAUUAUAAGGAACACAUAGAAUGGGAACAGAAAUGUUUGCGUGAAUAUCGUGAACGCCUGGAGCGUGAGAGAGCAGCACAAGCGGUAGAAGCUAAAGAGGAAGUCACAAAUGAGCUGCAGCAAUACCAACAGCAAUUAACCAAAAGUUUGGUCAAUGGCAUGCAAGAAAUGGAAAUGGCUCAAGUGGAAAUCGAGCCUGUACUUAAUGUGGACGAUGACGAAGUAGAAGUUAAACCUGCAAUAAAAGCCAUGGGCGAAAUGAAAAUCGAAGAGAAAUCUCCUUUGCAAGCCUUCAUAGAAAAUGAAAAGCAAAGCACCGAAUCCAAUGAGAAAUCGAAAGAUUCAGACUCUAGUUCUAAAGUUGACAAGGAGCUAGAAGAUAAAGAAGAACAGUCUCAGGCGGAAGAGAAGAAGGACGAUAAAAGUUCUUUGGAAACUACAACUACAGAACAAAUAGAUUCCACGUCCGAGAAGACAUCGCCAUCCAAAUCGAAACAGCGUAAAAAUCAACGUAAAGAUAAGCGUUAAACAAGAGUAGAAGACAUUAUCAGUUUCUAAUUAGAAAUUAUUCAUAAAUAAUUAGCAGUAGAGAAAACAACAAAAACAAAUAAAAGUGACGAUAAAAAAAGUUUAAGCGCCCAUAAAAAAAAGCCAAACAAAGUGGCAGGCAUACAAUCCAUGAAUUGUGAAUGCUGUUUCAUUUUCUAUGUACAUUUAUUUUUCCUAUAUAUUUUCUUAAUUAUUUUUAGUCAUAUAAAAUUAUUCUCGUAUAUAUAUUUUUUUAGCAUACUUAGCAUAUUUAUGACUUGACAGACUUCUUGACUUUCCAUGAUAAAAGCUAAAAAAUAGAACAAUUUCAAUGCCUAUUUAUUUUUUUAUUCUAAUAUAGUAAAGCGCCAAAACCCUCUCAACGACCACAUUUUAAGAACUAAUAGCAGAAAUUGCCAAACACAAAUUGUAAAACCCAGAGACUUUUAAGAGCUCUACGAUGUUCUUUUUUAGAUUUAUUUCAUUUAUUUAUUUGACUUGACAUUCUGUAAAAUAUUUAACUAUCUAUCCAUCUAUCUAGCUAUGCUUUUACCACCACACAAACAUUUAUUAAACAAUUAUUAUCAAAUCAAUAAGAAGAAGAGAAACAAAAACAAAAAUGUAGAGAUAAAAAGUUAAUGAAUACAAUAUAAUAAACAGAUGAUAAUAAGAAACUUUUGAGUGAAUAUUUUUCGUCGUUAUUUAUCUCACACAACCAACCUACAACCCAAAAAAAAACACACACACACAACAAUUCGAAUUGUAACAAAAAUCAAUUAAAAAUUUUGCAAUAAUUAUAAAAAACCAACAAAUUUUUGGAAAUUAAAAAAAAAUUGAAAUAAAAUUAAAAUAUAAAAUGCAUAAAUAUUUACAAAUUCUAAUAUCUUAUAUUGUUUAUACCAUAAAUAAACCCGAAGAACUUAGUUUUAAUA